GCCAGCACCGCAACGCAGACAGCCCGUCCAGCAACAUUGCCUCCUAUAAUAAUAAUAACAAUAAUAAAUGGCUGAUAGUUCACUCUAAAUCCACCAAACCAAUCAUCCCCUCUUCAUCCGAUCCGCCCACCCAUUCAUACUCCGCCGAAUGCCCAGCGUACGCCGCGGCGCCGUCGACAUCGUCGUCGUGUGGUACGUGGCAACCGGACGCAUGCCGCCUGUCUCCCCCGCUCCGGGAGUCGGGGCCGUUUUGACAGUGGCACUCGGGGGUGAUGCUCCGCUGGUGGUAUUUCUGGGGUUGACACUAUUUGUGGGAUUAUUGAUGGCGGCGGCGGUGGUGGUGGUGUUUCUGCUGCUGUCGCGCGUUGGCGGUUUAGGUGCAGAUGGGUUUGUCGGCGGGGUGAGCCACGUGUAGCGGUUGGGGUCGGACGGUUCGAGG